AUGGCUAUUUCUUACCAUUUAAUCUUUCGUUUCUUCCUGCCCUUUUUAUUAUAUACUUCUCAACUUGCCACAGCGUGCUCAAUUGAUCCAACUGAUGGAUUUGUUGAACUCCCAUUUAAUACAUCCUUCUAUCACAUUCAGAAACCAUUUGACCUCCCCGUAGACCAAAGAUACAGCUUCGUAGAUGGAGUCCAUAAACUUUGGGUUUACUCCACAGAUAACCCUUUGUCUCGGAAUAGUCCCACGAUGCCACGUACGGAAAUUAUGAUCAACGGCUAUAAUUACUCUUCAGGAGUUUGGCAAUUUGAAGGAUAUGGAUUUGUGCCAAAUGGAACUUCUGGUGUGUGCAUUAUGCAAGUGUUUGGAGCAAGCCCACCUCAUGCCUCAACUUUAAUGCUUAGAGUCUACAACGGAUCCCUCACUUACUAUAGAGCAAAUGUACUUGUACCCAACGUAUAUGAUAGGUGGUUCCGAGUUAAUGUAAUCCAUGAUGUGGCUGCUAGCAAAUUGAAGGUUUACAUUGAUGGGGUUUUCACAUUUGAAGCAGCUGGUAGAGGUGGAAAUUCACAUCAUUUCAAGUGUGGAGUGUAUUCACAGAUUGGUGACUCUUACUACAUGGAGUCACGUUGGAAGGGAAUCAAAGUUCUUAAACAAAUGUGA